AUGAUGCGUCGUCUAAGCGAUUCAUCAUCAUCAGAUGAAGAUGAUGACUAUGCUGUCAAUGGACCUUUUAGCAUACCAGCCCGGCAACUAAUCAAACUACCACCACCAUCAACAGAGGUUCACAGACAUCAUCCUAUUUCGAACAUUCUGCUGUCAAAUGCAAGCAAGGCUGCUGUAGAGCCAUCUUCAGAUUGUAACAUAAACUUUCAAGAGACACAAUCAAGCAAGAAUAAUGUAUCCAAUAAGGUAACUGCUCAACCUGUUUCCCAACGACAUAUUGCAGAUAAUAAAACAAUACCCGCUGCCACAACAAGUAGUGUUCCACCUGCCCCAACCACCAAACUGAAGAAGAAACCUCCCUCCCCCGAAUCACUGUCCAAAAUUACAGGUAUCUCAGUUGUUCAAACACCAAAAAUCAAAAUUCUAAAAAAGCAACAAGACAGUAGUGCCUCUGCAAAAAAUAAUCAACUUCAAGAACCAACUUCUAAAAAAUUUUGCUCCGAAAAAAGAGCAGAAGACUUGGAGCGAAAGUACCUUAACAGCUGUUUGCAGCAGGAAACUCCAGUCCACAUAACAACCAGGAACCCAUACGAUUUGGAUGAACCUGAAGAAUAUGGGGUCCCAACAUCAAGCACUGAUAAGACUUCCCCAUUUGGUGAUGAUUUAUACACUCCACUGCAGAGACCCGAACGACCUUCUUCUCACUUGGCCACAUCUCAGUCAUCACCCCCUUCUAGCAAUCCUGCAGUGCCCUACAAACAGUCAUUGGCCAAAUCAGUGGCUGACCAGUGGAUAGCCACGCUGGCGCGUCCCAAUGGCACCAGUGAAAAUUACAAAGGCAGAUCAGAGUAUGACAACCCCAACUUCAACCCAUCAAAUUAUUCUAGGGGCAGUUCUAACAACAGCUGGACUGAUAACUCCAGCAGAUAUGACCGUCACGAUAAACGCGACUGGUACAAUAAUAAUCGCAGGUACCAAAACAAUGCUUAUAAAAAUAGAAAUGGAUACAGUGGCCCCAGCGAUUGUUGCAGCGCUUAUGUUCAGACAGAAAGGGAAUCGAAACUGGAUGUGUACACCCAAACAACGAAUGAUCUUUCCAGUCAAAUCAGUACAGAUUCUAUUAAUAGAAAAAGGAAAUUUAGUCUUUUUGGUAAUGGAGAUGUUGAUGAAAGUGAGGAAGAAGAGGAAGAUGGUUCUAAUAACCUCUUAGCUAGCUCAGAAGUUUACAGAAGUGAGGCAGCUGACUUAACUUCCAUACUGGACUCCAUCUCAGACCCGUUGAAUUCGACUGUCAUCUUAAUAAAGAUUGGCCUCCUCAAAGCUCAAGAACUGUCUGCCAUGGCUAAUGAAAAUGCAGGUGGAAAAAUCCUGACCAAGAAGUACCUCGACACACUCGAUUUCUGUAGACAGACUUCUAAAUUUCUUUUUUGCGAUUUGAAUGGUGAUUCAGUGAGUAGGGAUAUUUUGAAGUGCAUUCACCUGAAGUUGAUUUCAUAUAUAAGCUACAACUUCUACCUGAUUCAAAAAAAGAACACCACCGACGCCAAGGUCGUGGUCGAUCAUUAUGUACCGAUCAUGCUGGCCUCCUCCAAAAAGAACAAAGGCUCGUGUACCGUACCAUCAAAGCUGACAGUCGCUCUACAGGAGUAUGUCAACGGCAUCGACCGCUUAACCAAAAGUCUUUCGUAUAACGAGCAGUUCGAUAAAGUCAUCAAAGGUAAUCAGGCCGUGGCCGAGUUCUUAGCGCCGUUGGGUUUUAAAUAUCUAAGGAGUGACUCUACCGUCUUCAAACUCGUUGACAAGAUCACUUCUGCCUUGCAGUCGUUCAACUCUACUUUUGGCUUUUCUAUGCCGUAA